AUCAGCUCUGUCCAAUCACAGCUGAUCACUGAUCAUCAGGGCACCGAUGAUCAGUGUGCCCUGAUGAUCAGUGUGGCCCCAGAAGUGCCACCUGUCAGUGUCCAUCAGUGCCAGCUGUCAGUGCCCAUCAGUGCCACAUCAAUGCCAGGUAUCAGUGCCUACCAGUGCACAUCAAUGCCACAUAUCAGUGCCCAUCUCAGCAGCCCUUCAGUGUCACCCGCCAGUGCCGCCUAUCAGUGCUGCUUUUCAGUGACCAUCAGUGAUGCCUGUCAAUGCCCAUCAGUG